UCAAGCCAGUAUGUCACCUUGGGAGCCUGAUACAGCUCUUUUCAUGUCUGCCUCUGCAACUGGUGCUUCAAUGAUCGUGGUGCCCAGUGGAGAGUUACCUGCAUGAAAAAAUACAAAAGGGAAAACUGAUGAGACAUGCAGAAGAGACACGGUCUAACGUGUCAACAUGAGAGCAACUCUUCCGUCUUCCCCGCCAGCAGCACCAAACGGGACUUAGGAAUCACAUAACGGGUCUGGUUGGAAGGGACCACCGUGGGUCGUCUGGUCCAACCUCCCUGCUUAAGCAGGGUCAUCCCAGAGCACACUGCACAGAAUUGGAUCCAGAUAGCUCUUCAACAUCUCCAGAGAGGGAGACUCCACAAUCUCUCUGGGCAAGAGGCGCUGUUCUGCAAAAGCGGCGCCAAGAAGAAAAAUGGACUUUACUUAAAAAGUAGAACAAGACAGACCAAAGGUGCCGCUGGCCCGCCCCGCCCCGGAGUGCUACCAAAACCGCUGCCGUCCCCGCGCGGGCUGCAUCUGCCUCGGCUCCGGCUGCGCUCCGGCGGCUCUGCUUCGCCAUGGCCGCUUCCUCCUCUUCCUCGGCGGCCGCGCUGCGCCCGGUCACUCACCUGAUCUUUGACAUGGACGGGCUGCUGCUGGAUACUGAACGUCUCUAUUCAAUAGUGUUUGAAGAGAUCUGUGGGCGUUUUGGAAAGACCUAUAACUGGGAUCUGAAAUCCUUGGUUCUAGGUAGACAAGCCCCAGAAGCAGCAGAGCUUAUUCGAGAUGCUCUAGAUCUUCCAAUAACCAAAGAAGAGUUAAUGACUGAAAGUAAAAAGUUGCAGGAGAACAUAUUCCAUACUGCUGAGCUGAUGCCAGGGGUCAGUAAGCUGAUCCAUCAUUUACGCAAACACAAGAUACCCAUAGCUGUUGCCAGCAGCUCGAGUGAAGAGUCAUUUCAGAGAAAAAUAACCAGACACAAAGACUUAUUUGGUCUUUUUCAUCAUAUUGUGUUGGGAGAUGACCCUGAGUUGAAGCGUGGCAAGCCACAUCCUGAUCCAUUUUUACUUUGUGCAAAGAGAUUUCACCCUCCUGCAUCGCCAGAGGAGUGUCUUGUGUUUGAAGAUUCACCACAGGGAGUCAAAGGAGCCCGGGAAGCAGGAAUGCAAGUGGUUAUGAUUCCAGAUGAAAAAUUAAAUCCAGAUCUUACAAAAGAGGCAACAUUGGUGCUGAAGUCCAUGGAAGAUUUCCAACCAGAACUGUUUGGUUUACCAGCAUAUGAUUGAUACUUAAUGCCUAUGAACAUGUUCUUAACUGGAGAUAAAUUAAAAGUGAAAUUAAAUUUUGAUUUUAUGAUUGCUUUUCAUCUGUUACUCUCUUCCUCAAAACUAGAGCACAAAAGUCCUGUUAGCACUCAGUCUUUUGCAUACUACCUUUGUUAAAUGUCUGGGAUGUUUAUGAUGUGUCCUUUUGAAAAAUGCUAAAUUAAAGCAGCAUCUUUCUAUUAUGUGAAUCCAGCCUUUUUCUAUUCACAUCAUAAUGUUUUCUGGGAAUAUAAUGGAACUAUUUAGAUGAUUUAUUGUAACGGCAUUGGAAGCUUCUUUUUCUGUUUCCACUUGGAUUACUUACUGUUUACAUCUUAAUCAAAAAUCUGUUCCGGAUUGUCUUUUAUCCCAUUAAAAAUUUUUGACACAAUUAUUGCUAUCAAUAUGUUUAUUCUUUUCCUCAUCCCGUUGACGCCUUGGAAUGGCUACCUAGAACAGAGGCUAGACAAUGUUAAAAGAAUAAAGUGUGUGUUUGAUAAAGGCCUUCAAACCUUGGGCCGUCAAAAGCCUCCCAGAGGCUACAGCCAUGAUAGACAAUGGUCACGAGUUUUUCAGACAGAUAUGUUUGGUCUAUUUGCAUA